AACAAAAUACAACAAACAACAACAAUGCUUACACCACAUCCUCCCAAGCAGUCCACCAGCCAUGCCACAGCCAGCGGCCACGAUGAACGGGGCAACCUUCUCUGGCAGCAGGAGGCCUCCGAAUUCGUGGAGCAGUUCCCCACAGAUCCGGUGCGACGGUGUCCGGUGCCGCCGCUGCGCCACUGCCACGCCCAUGGGCAUGGCCACGCCACGCUAGGCAAACGCAAUGCGGAUCUGUUUAGCGGGGACCUCGGUAUCCCGGAGAUCAGCACCCAUGUGGGCAGCGUGGUGCACACGUUCGAGACGCUGGCCCUGCAGCGUCGCCUGGCCGAGGCCGAGCAGGAACGGGACCGGGACCGGGAUCGGGACAGAGAGCUAAGUAAGUACGAGCCGAAUGUCAAUGCCAAUGGCAAUGGCACCACCCAAAGCAAGUACAACCAGCUGAAGCGCCGCUCGCAGGAGAUGCGACAGCGCCUCAUGCAGCAAAUGCACCGCCAGAAGCUGCAGCAGCAAGCACGAACACGGGCACAGUCCCAACCACAAACACAGGCACAGCCACAGCCUCAGGCACCAUUAACCAAUAGCUGCAGUACCCAGACCCUGGCCAACGCCCACCUCAGGCCGCAUCGUGCCCGCUCCACGGAGCAGCUGCAGCACCAGUCCACCUUCGAGGACUACCGUAAGAAUCUGUUUGGCACGCUGACGCGGCCCAGCAGCGUAGAGGAGGAGCUGCAGGACGAGUCCUUCAUUGUGAACGCCGCCUUCGAUGAGAUAUUUUCCCGCUACGACGAUGACUCCUCACAAGAGCAGGAGGCAGGAGGCAUGACACUGACCAACACCGAUGACCUGUUUGAGGACGAACACAUGCUGGUGAGCCUGAGCGAACUGGACGACGAUGUGUUUGCCAGCAAGGCGCAGACAGCCUCGACCACACCUACCACUAGUGCAGCGGGGCGAACGCCCAAGCAUAGUACUCCCCAACUGAAUCUCAACAAAUAUCCAGCGCCGGCUCCACCACGGUCCCGGACGCUGACCAAUCUCUUUGAGCGGCUCAAGUCGGAGCAGCAUCAGCGGCUGCAGAAGUAUCCCGCCGAGUCGCAGCUCCACCAGGCGGCCGACUUCAAUCGUGGUUCCACGCUGAGCAAGUCGUUCGUGCAACAGCUGAGGCGACCCUCGCAAAAGCAGAAGCGGGCGGCCCCCAAGCCACCGCCCAAGCCCAAGUCGCGCUCCCAUGUGGCCAUCGCCCAUGUGACACCACUGCGGCACGCCCUGAUCUUCCCCAAGCGCUCCAAGUCGUCCAACGAGCUGCUGCUGGACGAUCUAAAUGUGCAGGCGCGUAAGUAUUACCGCAGGACGCCGGAGCUGAGCGCAGCGCUGUAGUGGAUCAGGUGUGAGCACAGAGUUAUGCACCCAUCACGCCUCUUCACCUCUUGUUAUCCUUGUUAACGCAAGACUCGUGGCUAUAAUGAUUUCCUUACCAUCUUCUUUUACCAAUUAAAUAUUCGGCAGAGGCGACGCUUUUGUAGGCUAAGUAAUUCCCAAAAACCCAACCCAACCCAACCAAACCAAGCCCCAACCCGACCCGACCCGAUCUGACCCUCAAUUUUAAAUCUGAACCGGAAACCGUAUCCCGAACCCCGAACCAGAUGUAGGAUGAGGAUGAAGGAGAGAGCAGCUAACCCGCCGCAAAACCGGAACAAAAAGUAUAGCUCGAGAGAAGUGAAUCGAACGCCGAAUCCCAAAGAGCAUUGAGCCAUAACUUGGAAUAGGAAAAUCUUGUCAGCACUCGUAACACAACAGGAGAAAAAACUAAUUUCGUAAAUUAAAAAUUAAGUGAAUUACAUUAUUCGAAACCUGCAUGAAAAUCAAAUCAAACGAUGACUAACAUAUAUGAAUAUAUACAUAACUACUAUAGCAUACAUUAAUUAUUGUACAAAUAGGAUCGGAUAGAACCGAAACGAAAAAAAUCAAAUGGGAAGUAAUUGUGCUGUCAACCUAAAGCAGGCACUCGAGUUUGUCUCUUUUUCGUUUGUAAUUUCAUCAAUCAGAACCGAUUAUAUACAUAUAUACAUUAUAUGAAUAUGCAUAUACAACAUAUAUAUAUAUAUUUAGCAAAGCAUAUAACUACAUAAUUUGUUGUAACUUGUAGGAUAAUUACAGAAUCAAAUCAAAACAAAUGUAAAACCAAUUACGAGAAUGAAACAUUACUAAAUCUUACCUGCAUGCAAAUAAACAAUUAAAAG